CUUCGGACCAGCAGUCAGUCAGUCAGCGAGCAAGCAGUGGACUAGGCUGGCGCAUGGCUACUGAAUAAACUUUUCCUCCCUCAACAAGUGGAAGACGAGAGGACGGAGAGUUAGCAGCAGUGGUAGUUUGCGUGAGGAGACUUUUACGGGGACAUAACGUGGAAUAGGUGGCUGUCUUAUGACCCGGGGACGUGUGCUCUGCUUGCUCAAGUGCUCUUUCCCUGUUGUGCAUGUUUAAAUCAGAGGAGAGCAGUGGAGCCGUGUGUCGGCCAGAAAACUAAUAACCAACAACCGUGAGGCGACAGCAGACUGGAGCAGGCAUGUUUUGGAGACGAGGCUCGGUCGUGGCCGCCUUUUUACUCUGCUUUUUUACCAAGGUGUCAGUGGGGUCUGGACAAUUCGAGCUGCAGAUUUUAUCGAUGCACAACGCGAAUGGAGAGUUGCAUAGCGGCGCUUGUUGUGAUGGCGCACGGAGCACGGCGGAUCGAAAAUGCUCCCGGAGCGAGUGCGAUACAUUUUUUAAAGUUUGCCUGAAGGAAUACCAAUCUCGGGUCUCGGCUGCGGGCCCUUGCAGCUUCGGAAUGGGAUCUACGCCUGUCCUGGGAGGGAAUACGUUUUCUUUCAAGAGCGCAAACAGGAAUGACAAAUCCAGGAUAGUUUUGCCCUUCAGUUUUGCCUGGCCGAGGUCCUACACUUUGAUAGUGGAAGCCUUGGACUUCAGCAAUGAGACCAGUGGUACUGAUGGGAGAUUGAUAGCAAAGGCGUCUCUCUCUGGAAUGAUAAACCCAAGCCCUCAGUGGCAGAAGCUCACUCACCCUGGACCCCCAGCUCAGUUCGAGUACCAGAUUCGCGUCAGCUGCGAUGAACACUAUUAUGGAUUUGGUUGUAAUAAAUUUUGUCGUCCGAGGGAUGAGUUUUUUGGACACUACACUUGUGAUAUCAAUGGGAACAAGACAUGUCUCGAAGGCUGGUCUGGACCUGACUGUACCACAGCUAUCUGUCGACAAGGCUGCAGCACGGAGCAUGGGUCCUGUAAAGAGCCAGGCGGCUGCAGGUGUCUGUACGGUUGGCAAGGCCAGUACUGUGACAAGUGCAUCCCUCAUCCCGGCUGUGUCCACGGCACCUGUGUGGAGCCCUGGCAGUGCCUCUGUGACACCAACUGGGGCGGUCAUCUUUGUGAUAAAGAUCUGAACUACUGCGGCACUCACCAGCCCUGUCUGAACGGAGGGACAUGCAUCAACACAGGACCAGACAAGUACCAGUGUACUUGUGCUGAGGGCUACUCUGGAGCCAACUGCGAGAGGGCUGAACAUGCCUGUCUGUCCAACCCGUGUUCAAACGGAGGGAGCUGCUCUGAGACCAUUCAGGGCUAUGAGUGCCAGUGUGCAGCGGGCUGGAGUGGGUGCUCCUGCACUAUCAAUGUGGAUGAGUGCUCUCCCAACCCCUGUGGCCAUGGAGGGACCUGCCAGGAUCUAGUGAAUGGUUUUAAGUGCCACUGUCCUCCCCAGUGGUCUGGAAAGACAUGUCUGAUUGAUGCAAAUGAAUGUGAAAGCAAACCAUGUGUCAAUGCUAACUUGUGCCGUAACCUGAUUGGUGGAUACUUUUGUGACUGUAUGCUUGGUUGGACGGGACAAAACUGCGAUAUCAAUAUAAAUGACUGCAAAGACCAAUGCCAGAAUGGGGGAACUUGCAAGGACUUGGUGAAUGGAUAUCGCUGUGUGUGUCCCCCUGGUUUUGCUGGUGAACAUUGUGAGCGGGACAUCGAUGAGUGCUCGAGUUCUCCAUGUUUGAACGGUGGACGAUGUCAAGAUGAAGUCAACGGAUUCCAGUGCCUUUGUUUGGCUGGCUUCUCAGGGAAUCUAUGCCAGCUGGAUAUCGAUUACUGCUCACCCAAUCCCUGUCAGAAUGGGGCUCGCUGCUUCAACCGGGCCACAGACUACUACUGCUCCUGUCCUGAAGACUAUGAGGGCAAGAACUGCUCUCAUCUCAAAGACCAUUGUAGGACCACCACUUGUAAAGUGAUUGACAGCUGCACUGUUGCUGUGGCGUCCAACAGUACUCCUGGUGGGGAACGGUACAUUUCGUCAAAUGUUUGUGGACCUCACGGGCGCUGCCGGAGCCAAGGGGGAGGACAGUUCAGCUGUGAAUGCCAAGAAGGAUUCAGAGGGACAUACUGUCAUGAAAAUAUCAACGACUGUGAGAGCAACCCUUGUCACAAUGGCGGCACGUGCAUAGACAAAGUCAGUGUGUACCAGUGCAUCUGUGGAGACGGAUGGGAGGGCACCAACUGUGAGAUCAAUAUUGAUGACUGCAGCACCAAUCCCUGUCAUAAUGGAGGGACAUGCCGGGACCUGGUGACUGAUUUCUUCUGCGAGUGUAAAAAUGGCUGGAAGGGGAAGACUUGCCACUCCCGUGAGAGUCAGUGCGAUGAAGCCACAUGUAAUAACGGAGGCACCUGCCAUGACGAAGGUGAUACGUUUCAGUGCAAGUGUGCCCCAGGAUGGGAGGGGACCACCUGUAACAUUGCCAAGAACUCAAGUUGCCUUCCAAACCCUUGUGAGAAUGGUGGUACCUGUGUAGUGACGGGCGAGUCCUUUACCUGUGUCUGCAAAGAAGGCUGGGAGGGUCCCACAUGCACUCAAAAUACCAACGACUGCAGUCCCCACCCUUGCUACAACAGUGGGACAUGUGUGGAUGGGGAUAACUGGUACCGCUGCGAGUGUGCGCCUGGAUUUGCUGGUCCAGACUGUCGAAUCAAUAUUAACGAGUGUCAGUCGUCUCAAUGCGCCUCUGGCUCCACCUGUGUUGAUGAAAUCAAUGGAUACCGCUGCCUGUGUCCACCUGACAGGACGGGACCCCACUGUCACGAAGAAACAAGAAAACCAUGCACCGUUAAUGGCCACAUAACCCCGGACGGAAUGAAAUGGGAUGAAGACUGCAACACUUGCCACUGUUCCAACGGGAAAGUGGUGUGUACAAAGAUGUGGUGUGGUCCCAAGUCAUGCAAACUCGGAGCAAAGGGUCGCGGGGGCUGUCCAUCGGGGCAGAGCUGUUUGCCAGUGAGGGAGAGCCAUUGUUUUGUGAAGCCGUGUCUGGAGGAGGGCGAGUGCUGGUGCAGUAAUCCAGCCACUGCGCCUCACAAAUGCCACCUGAGCUCCAGUUUCCACGACGACAGCUGCGCCAACAUCACCUUCACGUUCAACAAGGAGAACAUGCCCCAAGGCUUAACAGUUGAAGGCGUCUGCAAGCAGCUAAGAAGAUUGUAUGUUGUAAAAAACUUCUCCUUGGAGCAUUCAGUGUCGAUAACUUGUGAGCCAUCAUUCUCAGCCAGCAAUGAAAUCCAUGUUUGCAUUUCGACUGAUGACCAUCGUUUGGACCGUAGCCCAGGCAAAGAGAUCAUAGACAGGAUACUGGACCUGGUUAGCAAACGCAACGGCAACAAUACCAUCACAGCCUUCAUCGCAGAAGUUCGUGUGCCAAGCCCGAUCAAAACUGACUACCUAGUGCCCCUCCUCAGCUCCGUCUUCAUUGUGAUCUGGGUCCUGGUGUUGGUCUCCAUAUUUCUGUGGUGCAUGAGACACCGGCGGAAACAAAGCAACCACAACGGGACGUCCACUACAGGCGCAGAGGACAACACGACCAACAAUGUGCGGGAGCAACUCAACCAAAUCAAAAACCCUAUAGAGAAGCAUGUAGGCCUCACGGUGGCCAUCAAAGACUAUGAAAACAAGAACUCACUCAUAGCCAAAAUAAGGACAAAUCACCCCGAGGGGGAUGAGGACGACAAGGAGAGGCACUUACAGAAGGGCCGCUUUGCCAAACAGCCAGCAUACACACUAGUGGAGCGGGACGACAAGACGCCCAUCUCCAACCCCAACUCCACAUCCAAACAUCCAAACUGGACUAAUAAACAGGACAACAGAGACUUGGAGACAGCAAACAGCAUUAACAGGAUGGACUACAUUGUAUAGCAGACAGCUGUGUUGCUGUGCAACCAAGCCUAAUGCAUUCACACCCCGGUGGUGGGUGAGCGGGGAGCUCUGGCAUGUGUCGUUAGCGGACUGUCAUGUCAGUGACCCCACAGUAUUUUCAGAUAUUCCCCGUGUUAAUUUAAGUUUUGACAAGCUGGCUUACACUGGCAGUGACAGUUGCUUUGGUGAGCUGGAAACACAAGGCACUGGUAUACAUUUCAUGUAGAGCUGGUGGCACAAGUGUCCUCUAUGCAUUUCAGUUCCUGUGGUUUUAAGUUGGGACACAUGGAGGGGCUCCUGGUGUAAUUGUUGUACAAUGACUAAACGACCCGACGUGUUCCAUGCUAGAGCUAAUAUUUUAGUAUUGUUUGAAUUCCUUUAGUUCAGUUUGGAGAAAGUGCCUUUUCAGCUUUAGACUACAGCAACUGUCAAAAAAGAUCAACUUUAUUAUUUAUUUUUAUUUCUGGGGGUUGGGGGGCGGGUUUGAUGUCAGCAGUUGCUGCCAAUAUGAAGAAUUUAUGUCGAUUUAGAAACUUGUAGAUAUGUACAUUUUUUAUUAAUCAUUGUGUAUAUUUGAUUUAUUAACUUAAUAAUCAAGAGCCUUAAGAUAUCAUUCCUUUUUAUUUAUAUGUUCUGUGUAGUUUGAAGGUUUUGAUAGCUGCGGAAGCCAACCAUUUCUAAAUCUUUCCGUUGCAUUUGUUAAAAGCCAAAUUUCAAAGAAUUUCAAAGACAAUUGACAGGCCCUUUUGGCCUGAAAGAGACUUUUAUUUUUCUCGUUUGACAUUUCAUCAUUUCACCAGAAUUUGUUGCCAAGACCUUGAUCGAAGGCAAGUGAGGUUAGGACAACAAGCGACUACAGCUGCUCUGAGGGAUGGACAUGGUGGCAGACAUAUUGCUUGCCUCUAAUGAAAAAAUACUUAAGGGAACAAAAGCCCUCAGCAGCUCCAGUUUAACCCUCCGAUACAUUAGAAAGGCUGUCCAUUUCACCAACUUGCACAGCAAGUCACAAAGGCACGCCAGAUUUCCCAUCUGCUUUAGUCAGCGUAAUAUCAUAAGCUAGACCACGAGUACUUGAACAGUAGGGGGCAAUGGGAACACUGUAGAAUCGGAUAAAUACACUGCCUUGCUCUGCAAGAGUCUUUUGUUUCUGUGCACAUUUGUUUCUUUUUAAAAUGAGGCUCUUAAAGACAAACAUGUUUUAUCUCAUUUGUUAACCCUUUGAGAUCAUGGCAACAUUUUGUCCUACUUUUUGACUUGUGUUAUGAACUUGAGAAUUAUGUGUUGAUCUGGCAAUAUAUUUUUGAAAGUCAUAUUUAUUAAAUAUUUUGUAUGAAAAGAGAAUUAAAGUUGUCUUUGUUCUGA